AUGACUUCCAUAGCCCAUCCAAAAUAUACACCAACUCAAUCGUUUAUAGACUCUUCGUUUUUCACGAAAUUGGCUGAGCUAAAACUUGACAAAUUUAAGCUAGAUUCAUCGAGCCAAAAAAUAUGGGGCUUUCAACUACAAACUCAAAACUUAAACAAAUUUAAUGACACGCCAAUUGUUCAUCUAGAUGACCAAAGCUUUUCCAGUGGAGUACCCCGAAAAGAUGACAGCCGAACAUUCAAGGGGGAAUUGAUAAAUGUCAACACCAUCGAGGAGUUCAAGGAUAAGAACAAACAAGAGCUUUUGAGAGGUUGGGGAUGGCAAAUACAAGACAAGAUAGACAAAGCAACGACAUUCGACGUGGAAACAUUCAACUACUUUUAUGUAUGGAGCUACUCGGAUUUGAAAAAGUACAAGUUUUACUAUUGGGUGGCCUUUCCGAUCUUAGGUAGUGAAUGGAUCUUGGAGACAGACGGUCAGGUGGACGCUGAGACGUUAAAAAUGCUUGAACUUGUUACACCUACUGGCCAAUUCUUUCAAAUUGAUAGUGGUGAAUUGUUUGAUACAUUAGAUAUUCAAAAAUCACACACGUUUGUCUACUACGACUCGUGUGUUACUUCUGAGCAUAGACCUUCCAUUCAGGUCAAGAAUUACUUAUAUCACCUAGCUCAAUUCGGCUGUAAAAAGAUUGACUUGAUUGUGUUUAGAAAGCAGGGCUCAUUCAGGCAAACACUCUCUCUUGUUUCAAUUCCUAACCCACCCAAGGUGACAGGGUGGGAGCGAACCAGUCAAGGCAAAUUGAGUCCCAAAAUAGCCGAUCUAGGCCUGUUGAUUAACCCAUUGGAACUUGCAAAUCAAGCUGUGGAGCUAAACUUGAAGUUAAUGAAAUGGAGGAUCGCACCCAAGCUUGAUCUUGAUAUCAUAAAGAAGCAAAAAGUGUUGCUUUUAGGAGCUGGAACAUUAGGGAGUUACGUGGGGAGGACAUUGUUAGGAUGGGGGUUUAAAGAUCUAACAUUUGUUGAUAAUGGCAGAGUUUCCUACUCGAACCCUGUACGACAACUGCUUUUCAAUUUUGAGGAUUGUUUUAGCGAUGGCGGUCAAGGUGAGUUGAAAGCUCAGAAAGCCGCUGACAAUUUGAAAAGGGUAUAUCCAGGAGUUGCUGCAAAAGGUGUAUGCUUGGAGGUGCCAAUGAUUGGCCAUCCUGUGACUGAUGAAGAAAGACAAAAAGCAUCAUUCGACCUUUUGGAUACUCUAAUUGAGCAGAACGACGUUGUAUUUUUAUUGAUGGAUUCGAGAGAGUCAAGGUGGCUUCCGACUGUUAUUGGAGCCGUCAAGGACAAGAUUGUUAUCAAUGCUGCCUUGGGGUUCGAUAGCUACUUGGUCAUGAGACAUGGUAGCCCUGGCCAAUCAAAGGCAGAUCGAUUGGGCUGCUAUUUCUGUAAUGAUGUUGUAGCGCCAGAUGAUAGUUUAAGUGACCGAACUCUAGAUCAAAUGUGUACGGUAACACGCCCAGGGGGUGCAUUGAUGGCAUCCUCCUUGGCUGUGGAGUUGUUAGUGUCAAUCUUGCAGCAACCUGAAAAGCAUAGGGCAAAACAUAAUGACACUACAACUUUUGGAACUACACCACAUCAAAUUAGGGGUUUCUUGCACAACUUUUCACAAUCAACAUUGUGUGCCCCUGGAUACAUACAUUGCUCGGCUUGUUCUGAGAGAGUGACCACUGAGUACAAUCAAAAUGAAUGGUGUUUUGUAAAGCGAUGUUUGAAUGAACAAGGAUAUUUGGAGGACCUUUGUGGGUUGAAAAAGGUACAAGAGGAGGCAGAAUUGGCAAUUGCAGCUAUGAGUAUUCUGGAUAUUGAAGAUGAUGAGAAUCUGGAAUGGUUAGAAUGA